UUAGUUUCUCCCGCCAGCCCGUAAAGUGGACUAGACCCCGGCACCCAGCUCACCACCUCGACCGAACCACCCGCUCCGUCCCUCCUCACCAUGGGCCCCCGGGGUCGCGGGCGUCGGGCGGGGGCGGUCCAGAGCACCAACGACAGCAGCGCCCUGAGCAAGUGCUCCCUGGCCGCGCGCGGGUACGUGCACGACGCCUUCGCCGCGAGGCUGGUUCCGGGCUCCGCUCGCCGCGCGCCGCUCAUCCACCGCGGCUACUACGUGCGCGCGCGCGCCGUGGAGCACUGUGUGCGCGCCUUCCUGGCGCGGACGAGCGCGGGCCCGGGCGCCCAGAUCCUCUCGCUGGGAGCCGGCUCGGACUCUCUGUAUUUUCGCCUCAAAGCCGCUGGCCGUCUCGCGGGGGCGGCUGUCUGGGAGGUGGAUUUUCCGGAAGUGGCGCGGCGCAAAGCGGACCGGAUUCUAGAGGUGCCGGAACUGUGCGCGCUCACCGGACCUCACCGCAGCCCGGCCUCGCCGUCCGCCUUGUGUUUUGAGGCCUCGGACUACCGCAUCCUGGGCCUGGACCUGCGGCAGCUCCAGCGGUUGGACCAAGCCCUGACUGAAGCAGGCCUGGACGCUGCCACGCCCACUCUGCUCCUGGCCGAAGUGGUGUUGACCUACCUCGAACCCGACAGCGCCUCGGCUGUCAUCGCCUGGGCAGCCCAACGUUUUCCAGAUGCCCUCUUCGUGGUGUAUGAGCAGAUGAGGCCUCAUGACGCCUUUGGCCAGGUCAUGCAGCAACAUUUUCGCCAGCUAAAUUCUCCCUUGCAUGGCCUUGAUCGCUUUCCCAAUGUGGAGGCCCAACAGCACCGCUUCCUGCAAGCUGGCUGGAGCAGCUGCGUGGUCAUGGACAUGAACGAAUUCUAUCGCUGCUUUCUCCCCACCGAAGAACGCCAACGCGUGGAAAGUCUCGAACCGUUUGAUGAGUUUGAGGAGUGGCAUCUGAAGUGCUCCCACUAUUUCAUUCUGGCUGCUUCUCAGGGAGACGCUCUCUCCCAGACUGUGGUGUUUCCACCCUCUACGGCUUUUACACUGGUAGAGCCUGCUCUCCUUUCAGGGGUCUUCCCCGCCAGUGUUGUCACCAGUGAGAGCCAGGGCCCAGGCCUUAAGAGAUACGGUCAUGCCUCGGUGCUUUUGAGCCAGGGCACUAUUCUUAGCACAGGAGGAUUUGGAGAGCAGGAGGGGCGGCACUGCCGAGUGAGCAAGUUCCACUUGCUGUCGAGAUACAGUAACUUGGAAUGGAAAGGCAAUCACACAGGCUGUAGCGGGUCUGGAGCCCGGUGGGAUGGACGCCUAUAUCACACCAUGACAAGACUUUCAGAUAUUCACGUUCUCGUUCUGGGAGGGAGACUGUCCCCAGUAACUCCAGCCUUGGAUAGUCUCCACCUUCAUGUUAGCAAGAGUGAGGAUAAUAGUGCCUCGCACCUAGAGGUCACCAUAACAAAGGCUGGCCCAGAAGAAAAUUCCACUUUGUCAUGUUGGCGACACUCAGCAACAGAAGUGUCCUACCAGAAUCAGAAAUACUUGUUUGUAUAUGGGGGGCGAAGUGUGGUGGAACCUGUAUUAAGUGACUGGCAUUUCCUGCACCUGGGGACCAUGGCUUGGGUCAAGAUCCCAGUGGAGGGGGAAGUCCCCAAAGGUCGGCAUUCCCACAGUGCCUGCAGUUGGCGAGGGGGAGCCCUUAUUGCUGGAGGGCUGGGUGCUUCCGAGGAGCCACUGAACUCUGUAUCCUUUCUGAAACCCGUCUCUUGUGGAUUCCUCUGGGAGUCAGUAGUCAUCCAGCCUCCCAUUACCCCAAGGUACUCCCACACAGCCCAUGUGCUCAAUGGGAAACUUCUACUGAUUGGAGGAGUCUGCAUUCAUUCUGCUUCAGUUCCUGGAGUGACUGUUAUCGAUUUGAGUACAGGAUUGAGCUCUGAGUAUCAUAUUGACAAAACAUGUGUGCCUUGGCCGUUAAUGUUGCACAACCAUACGAGCAUCCUCCUUCCUGAAGAACAAGAGAUCCUGCUCCUUGGAGGUGGUGGGAACUGCUUUUCCUUUGGCACUUACUUCAACCCCCAUACAGUGUCAUUGGAUAUUUCUUCCUUAAGUGCUGGACAGUAAGGAUUGGAUUUAAGUACACAAUAAAGUUUUUGCACAAAUAGAAUUUGAACUUAGUUUACAGAUGCUACCUGUGACUCUUCACAUCCCUUUUCUUUUUUUCUUUUUAUUACCAUGAGUGCAGAAAGAGGAUUGUUAAAAUACAUAUUGACUGAGAUGGUAGCCCCACUUCCCCCCCAAAAAAAUUCACCAAUUAAGCCUAUUUAAAGAAAAUGAUCAUACAGAGAUCAUACAGGGACCUUUAGAGUACAUAUAUUAAUGAAUUUCUUU